AUGGUUGCUAGCCCGACCACGAACGUCGCCGACGACAAGAGGCGCUUUGAAUGCCUUCGAAAGCGGCGAUAUCGCGCAGCCAAGCGAUCCGAGCUGAAGAUGCUUGAGGAAGAAGUUGGCGACUUGAUGGCGAGGCUGCGGUUCAUGCAGGCCAAGUACUACUCAACAGCUUUGGCGCCGCCGCAGUCCGCCCCCCGCCUGCGGCAUCGACUUCUGCACCACCCUCCGCACCCAGUCAAUGGUCCUUUGUCUUUAUCGUCGAAUCUUGACGUUGCCAAAGCCGUUCACAGACACACCGCUGUACUUCGAGCUCAAGUGGUAGCCCAUCGUAACCUCGUCCGGACCAUGGCAAUGUGGGUGGCCAGUCCACCGCCGCAUUUGCCUCAUUGCUUGUCCAUCGCCUCGCGGAUCCAUGUGGCCUCUCUCACAUCUGACCAACACGAACGAACUUAUGCGCUUGAAUGGCUCAGCGAACGAGUGUUCCACUCGGCGAUGGCGGCCAUGCCACAACAUCCAUUCGCGACGAACAUUGCCGAUUCGUGGAAGCUACACGUCCAUCGUCGCCACGACGAUACCGACGACGACACGACGAUCGAGGCGUUGGAAAGCCAUUGCCAGUUCACCGUGUUUGCUGCAUUGGAUGACGUCGCGAAAGCGAGGUGGCCCACGUCACGCUCCAACAGCCUCUAUUGUCAUCAGGUGGUCGCGUCUGUGCAUGAACGCUUGGUGUACUUUACACAUUAUAACUACCGCCUCGGGACAACGUCGCUGACCAUCAGCGGUCGAUUUCAACAUGGAUCUCGUGUCGUGGUGGCCCACAUGCUGGUCGCGCACGACGAGUGCUUGCCGUUGGCGCCAGGAGACUUGCGGCCGUACGGGUUUGGCUGGACCGUGUACGAGCCCGUGUCGCACGGAAUCACGUUGGUGAGGUACUCGAUGCUGCAGUGCACCCCCCUCACCUCCCAAAGCACGGUCAUGACACUAAACGAGAUCGGUCGGCUCUUUGGCUUACCGUCCAGGGGGGCCGAGUCUGCAGACGCGUACGUGGACGCGAUCGCCGCCGCCGCGGAAGAAAAUUUGGUCCGUACGCACAUGCCGGCCAUUCGCGGGUUUUGCCUCGACCUGGAGAAGUCUGACGUGGAUGAGAAUAGUGGGGCUUGAUGUGAACAGCGCUAGCCAACUACUGCAUUUCAAAAAGGCUGGCUCUU